AUGUACUCGGACCUUCUUCUAUCAAAACAGGGCCCGCUUGCACAUGUCUGGUUAGCGGCCAAUUAUGACAGAAAGCUUUCCAAACAACAACUCUUAAACACAAGCAUUAUCAAAUCAUCACAAUACAUCACAGGAUCGUCUUCUGGACUCAAUGACUCUUCAACAUCCUCUUCACAACCAUCAACAUCUACCAUUACCCUCAGACUCUCGGGGCAGCUUUUACUUGGGAUAGUUCGGAUCUAUUCUCGUAAGACAAAAUAUCUUUUAGAUGACGUUAAUGACAUUUUAUAUAAACUUAAAAAUUCAUUCAGAUAUGUCAGUGGUGCCACUGGAGGUAUUGGCAACUCUUCGAGUGUAUUAAAUAAUACAGGUACUGGAAAUGUUGUGACACCACAACAAACAAUUAUAAAUAAUGUUGCCAUGAUUACCCUUAGUGAUCAAGUAACUUCAUUUGAUUUAUUAUAUCAAGAGGAUUUGAAUUUAGAUGAUGACUUACCAACUGGUGGAGAAGUGACACAACAAGAUGAUUCUCAGAAUUUGUCACAAUUGAACCGAUCGAUAGUGGAUGACUCAUUUAAUUUCGAUCAAUCAAUUGAAUAUCCAAGAAGAACUUCAUUUAUUCAAGAUCAUGACAAUGGUCCUGACUUUGAUUUGGACCUAGAUUUUGAUUUGGGUGAUGCUGAACAGCCACCACAUGAUGCGUUUGAUACGUCGAUUGAGGUUGGUAGAGAUGCUGUUGCACCAGCUACUUUGGCAGCUGACAUUUCAGAUAUAGCAGGACUUAAUUUAACAAAGGAUAAUGAAAUGGAUUUGGAUAUGGACUUGGGAUUGGAUCUUGAUCAACCUUUGGAAACCAUUGAACCAUUGACAGAGGCUGACGAAACUGCAGCUGUAGUGGAGACACCAGCAGAACCACCAAGACCGAAAAGAAAACUUGUUGGAAUUACAGAAGAUGGACAAUUGCAGACAGUUAAGAGAAGAUUAGUGGUUGAUUCCGUAGAUGAGGUUGAAACAGGGAUUUCGACUCAACAAUUGAAAAGCUUACAACAAGAACAACUAAAUGGCAAUAAUGCUGAUGAAUAUGUGACCCUUCAAUUGACUGAAGAAGAAAAAUUACAACUCAUCCAAGAGAUUUCUAUCCCUACUGGUAGAAGAAACCUUUGGAAUAUUGAUCUUCAACUUCAACAAAGAUGUUUGGAAUUACAACAAGAGGAAGGAGAAAACCUUGAAGAUGCUCCAGCUGCAUUUGAUAACACCUUGGACUUUGACUUGUCGUUGCCUGAGCUCGAAUCUGAUCAUGAUGGUGAAGAUAUUGGUGGUGGUGACGAUGGCGCAGAAAUCGUAGAAGAACAAGAAGAACAAAGCAAGACUAAGUCAACUAUCCAGAUUGCGGAGCAUUUGAGAGAGACUUUCAUUGAGGAUGGAGAUGAAAUGACUAACCUUGGGAAGGUUAUAGAAAAGGAUUUGAACUUGAGUGAUAAACCUUCACUUGGAGUGAGUGGGAGAAAGACUAAAAGAGAGGCCACCAGAUGUUUCUUUGAACUAUUGGUUUUGGCUACAAACGAUUGUGUUUCACUUGAGCAAGAGCAGCCCGUAAAAGACACAGAUAUUGGAGGAGAAAUCAAUAUUAGAUCAAGAGACAGGCUCUUUAAUAAUUUCCUCUAA